AUGGGCACAGAGAAUGAUUGCAAAAAAGCUUUGAAUCGUACUAAGAAUGCAACGGAUAAUGCGCGUGAAGUUGGAGAGCUUUUGAAGCCCUUAUUGGAAGAAAUACGUGACCCUGAAACCCGGAGUAAAAAGGAAAGUGAAGCAAAAGAGUUGUCAAGGAAGGCAGUAGUUGCAGAAAGAGAGGCCAAAGAAGCCGCUGACAAGGCGAUUUCGAUGGCUGCAGCAACAACGAAUUUAGUGGAUACAUUGCAGGAUCGUAUAAUGCAAUUUCACAUUCUGGCGGAUCACUGUAAGAAAAUUACUGAGGAACACAUUAAAAAUGAAAAAGUAAGGAAAUUGGCUGAAGAGUGCAUGGAAGAAGCGGAGGGUCUGAAGCAUCCCCUUGAAGGUGUCAAAACGGUCAUUGAAAGUGCCAACAAGGCUGCGGAGGAAGCCAGGGAACAAGCGGAAGUUACCAACGUCACAGCAAUCAUUCUUAAAGCAUCAAUUAAUGAAGUUUUCCAAAAGUACCCAAAGAUGAAAGAAGAGGUGGAACGUGAAAUUAAGGAGACGGCUCAAACAACCGACGAUCAGACGAAUACAGGAAGUGAAGGUAAUAGGAUGCCAAACGAAAAUAAGGAGGUAGAUGGUUCACUUCCAAAUAAACAGAAUGAAGAAGAGAUAAAGAACCCGAAUACCAAUUCCGCACAAGCUGAGGCGGGAAGCCAUACAACUGCCGAACAGCAG